AUGACGCUGAGCAACAGCCGCCCUUCUCGGUUCCUCUGCCUCCUCGUGCUGCUGCUCCUCCUCACCGUCUUCGCGCGGCGCUCCGGCGCCACCAGGCCCCUGCGGCAACCGGCAGCUGGCGGCGGUGGGGGUGGACGCGGAGGAGGUCGUGCCGGUCGGGAAGCGGGUCGAGGCGCUGCUCGGCAUGAAGCCCAGGUCGAGAGCGCCGCCGUCGGGCCCCAGCAAACGAACCAACGACAUCAAGAGCUGACGAUCCGGCGGCCUGCUCUGCUCGGCUCUUCUCUGAUGCCGGUCGAUCUUUUCUUCUUCUUCUUCUUCUCUUGUGCUAGCUCGUUUAGGCUCUGA